GGAGUUGUUUAUAUAGCCAUUAAGGGUUCCCUACAUGCCAGUGACUGCUCUGUUUUUGGUCUUGGCAAUGAAGAAAUUAGAGCCCUUUCUAAAAAGUUUCCUGGUUCCGGGAAUGUUGUGAAUGGUGUUUCCAUAAAAUCUAAUGUACUGAGCGCUCUAAAUUCACUUGGUCAGCUUGGUUACAAAAUUAUUUCCAGCACUGGUGAAACAGAGAUCACUUGGACCCUUCAGCGUUACAUAUAAGCAUUAAAAAGCUCCCCUUACUCCAUCACACUCAUUUUAUGUUUAAUAAGCAAAUAUGGAUCACCCUCAUGAAUGUGACCACUCAAGCUGCACCCAUGCUAAUGCAUCUGUUAGUCAAACAUUGUCUGAAAUGGAUUGGGAAAGGGGCUUGUGGCAUGCAGCUUUCUAUGGUGAUGAAGAAAAGGUAGUAUCAUUGAUAAGUAAAGCUAGGAACAGCAAGGUGACUGUAAACUCCCCAGACAAUGCGGGGUACACUCCCUUGCACUAUGCUGCACGAAAAGGCUAUGUAGAAAUUUGUAAGAUACUGAUACAAAAUGGUGCAUUAAUUGAUGCACAGACCAAAAGUGGACUAGCAACUCCUUUACACAAAGCUGCUGUUGCAGGUAAAAUCGAGACGAUUAAAUUUCUAAUACAGUCUGGAGCUCGAGUUGAUAUCCAAGAUGCCGAUCGUCAAACAAUUCUACAUAAAGCUAUAGAAAACAAACACUUUGAUCUGGUUAACUAUUUGGUGGAAACAUACCCAGAACUCAAAGCCAUGACAGAUGUAAAAGGUCGCUGUGCAACCGACUAUAUGUCAGGACCUAAUGAUUGAAGUUUAACCUCUUUUAAACAAGCUUGAAAUGGAUGCACUAAGGUCACUAAACACCUUAUAUUCUAGAAUUGCUGUUAAUAUGUAAGUGCACUUUUCUACAAUGUGUUAGUUGGACUUUAGCAUCAAGCUGUAAUUACUAUUAUUUAUUUUAAUAGCAUUAUGCAUGUUAGUUUGUUAAAGUGCUAUGUAUAUCUUUUAAUGCUGUUAUAUUAUUUAUAAAAAUGUUUUAUCAAAUGUUAAAAAUC